GUUAGAUUGUCGCGGCAUCUCAAACGAUUCGGACGCGAAAUGCGAAAAUUGUAAAGAAAUUCGGAGCCAAUCAUCGUACCGUGAGCUUUUUGGAUAAUAUUUCAAGUGUUUUCGUACUGAGAAUUCGAGUGUUAGAUCGUAUUUUCCCCUUUGUGUGUAAAUGAUUUGAAAUAUUGCCAGCUUUAAUCGGAAAUGGAAGCUGUAAUAGUUUUAUACGUACACCAUGGCGAAUGCGCAAUAUUGCAAAAGCAAGCAAGUAUAAAGCGUGUUGCCAGCGAUGCAAAUUCAAAUUAACAAAACAUUUUGUGCAAUGAAAAUAUGCUUUAAGCAUCCAUCCAUAAAACCCAAUAACCAACGUUUUAUGUGAAAAUCCAAAGAACUGGAAACGAAAUAUUUCAACGAAAAUCAAGUUAAAGUCGAAAGAGGAGGACAAGAGUUUUCCCCCGAGCAUCUAUCCUGCAAAGCUCUCGUGAAAUUGUGCUUUGCAUGUUAAAUCAUGUGAAAAACUAGCGAUUCCAAUUGCUCACCGGGAAAAAGACUCUCCCGUAGACGACAAUGUUGAAAGGACAAACAGAAGCGAAGUAGCCCAAAAGUGAAUUUUGUCCCAGAGUCAGUGCACAAAACGAAAGUUCAAUCAAACAGUAUCAGCAUCAGGAUAAAGAAGCAACGAAAAAGUACUUUAAAAGGAUUCAUACUGUAAAUAUAAUUCACAUACGCUACACUCAAACUGCUGCAUCCCAUAAUGAGCGGAGGCUUGGGUGGUGGCCGAGUGCACACAGUGUUGCUGCAGGCUGGGGCCCAGCAGGCGGAGGAGCAACAUAAACAGCGACGACAAAGUGGCAGCACAAACAUAUCAGCAGCUUACGAUGAGAGCAACGAUAAUAAUGCCGACACGAAUGGAGAGGAGCAUAAUCAAAAGAGGAGCAGAAGCAGAAGCAAGAGCAAGAGCUCAACGAGUUAUAGCAUUUCCGCUCGACAGAGCCCGGAACUGGAGGGACUGGAGGGACUGGAGGAACCCCCACCACAGCGACACAACAAGCUCCGGCUGACCAGCAAUCCCCUGUCCAGCUCAUUUCCGUGGCUAGUGGUGAUGCUGCUGCUCCUGCUCUGGCAGGCGAUUGCCACCCUGGCAUCGUCGUCUGCAAAUGACUCUACGAUGGGUUCGGGCCUGUCAUUCAAUGGCCAUGGCAAUGGCAAUGGCACCGAUUACGCCCUGCUCUUUGGCGACACAACAACGGCUCUGGUGCCAGUCCUGGGCGGCGGCGGUGCGGCCAUCGACGUAAUCGAGGAUGAGGAGGAUGCCGCAAACGCCAGUGAAUAUAUCUUCGAUCGCACCGAUGUGCGCAUCAUAUUCAUCACCCUCUACACCAUUGUCUUUUGCUGCUGCUUUUUUGGCAAUCUACUGGUCAUUUUGGUGGUCACCCUGUCGCGACGUCUGCGCUCCAUUACCAACUUCUUUUUGGCCAAUCUGGCAUUCGCAGACUUCUGUGUGGGCCUGUUCUGCGUGAUGCAGAACCUAUCCAUCUAUCUCAUCGAGAGCUGGGUCUUUGGCGAGUUCCUGUGCCGCAUGUACCAGUUUGUGCACUCCCUCAGCUACACGGCAUCGAUUUUCAUCCUGGUCGUCAUCUGUAUGGAACGCUACUUCGCCAUUGUGCAUCCCAUAACCUGCAAGCAGAUCCUGACUGCGGCACGUCUGAGGAUGGUCAUUGUCACCGUUUGGAUCACAUCGGCCGUCUACUCAACGCCCAAGUUCGUCUUCAGCAAGACCAUCAAGAACGUCCACACCCAGGACGGCCAGGAGGAGGAGAUCUGUGUGCUGGAUCGUGAGAUGUUUAAUUCCAAAUUGCUGGACAUGAUUAACUUUGUGCUGCUGUAUGUCAUGCCGCUGCUGGUGAUGACGGUGCUGUACAGCAAAAUUGCCAUCGCCCUGUGGCGCAGCUCCCGAGGACUGACACCGCAUGUGGUUCAGCAGCAGCAGCAGCAGCAUCAUCCUUCUGGGCAGGACAACAGCAUGGGCAUGCACAAUAGCAUGUACCACCAUCAUAAUCAUCAGCAUCACCACAUCCACGCGCAUCAUCAUCAUCAGCUGCCAUCAGCGGUGUCAGCAGCAUCGGCGGCGGGAUCGGGACCGGCCACAGGAGGCGGUGUGGGAGUGGGCCUGGCAAUGGGAAUGAGUGGCGGCGGUGGUGCGUCACUUGCUUCCGGCAGCAGUAGCACCGCGUCCUUGUCACGUAAACAGAGCAGUAAAUACGAGAAGCGCGGCGUCAGCAUCACCGAGAGCCAGCUUGAUAAUUGCCAGGUAUCCCUGGAGGCCGAUCGACCGAUUGUCAGCGCCUGUCGCAAGACGAGCUUCUAUCACCAUCCACAUGCGCAUCACCAGCGCCAGGGCAAUGGAGGCGGCGGCGGUAGCAUGGGCAUGGCCGGCGCCACACACAUGUCGCACUCUUCGAGCAACGUCCUGCGCGCCCGCCGUGGCGUCGUCCGUAUGCUGAUAAUAUUCGUGCUGACAUUUGCCCUCUGCAAUCUGCCGUAUCAUGCUCGCAAAAUGUGGCAGUAUUGGUCACGUUCGUAUCGCGGUGAUUCCAAUUUUAAUGCGUUGCUAACGCCACUCACCUUUCUGGUCACGUACUUCAAUUCGGGCGUGAAUCCCCUGCUCUACGCCUUCCUCAGUCGCAACUUCCGCAAGGGCAUGAAGGAGCUGCUCCUCUGCUCGUGGAAGAAGGGCAAGGGAAAGUCCUCCUCGAACUCGUCGAUGCACCACAAGCGCAAGGCGCUGCAGACCCACUCUCUGCCCACGGACACCACGCACAUUGGCAACGAGCAGCUCUGAUGGCCAAGCUGCUGGAAGACGCCCCUGAAGCUCUUCGGCCGCCGCUCGUAGAACUCGCCCUCAGCCAUAGCCACAGCCACAGUCUCGACCCAUCCCAGGACCGUCACCCACUUUUAGUCCGUUCAGUCCUUAGCUAGCUAUAAUUUCAUUGUGAUUUUCUAAGAAGCCUAUUGCUUGGAUUGCAUUGGCAAUUAAAAACAGGGUACAGCCCACAACGAGACCCAGACCGCAGCGUAGAUUUAAGCCAUUAUCGAGUUGUAUUAACGCUAACGUAAUUAGGCCAUUUUUAAAGCUAAACCAGAACAAGCCGAAUAUCGGAUUGUCCUCGAGUACAAGUACUCGUACUCUCUCUUUCUCUCAACUUGUCAAGUUUUUAUUGUAAGGUCUUAUUUUUAAAGUCAUUCAAUACGAAGAAUAAACUAUAAAACUAACAUAA